AUGACAGCGGCCAUAAUCGAUACAACUGCACCUGUAUCCACAUCAGAUGCACUCAUAUUCUAUGCUGACCACAUUCUCGACGAAAUUGGCAACCUUGCCAAAGUCGAAUACAACAAAAAGGGCCGUAAAUACCGAUUCGUUAAUAAUUCAUUUCAACGUAUACGACAAGAAGAUAAACAUCUAGUCAUCUGUCCCGAGGAUCUUGAUUUGAAACUUUCAUUUUAUUCCGCUUUUUCAAUAUUGAUGAACAUUGGCGAUAUACUUACAACAUAUCCACAAUUUUGUUGUACUAUUCUUGGUUUGGCUCAAGAAUUGGAAAAGAACCAUUGGUAUGAAGAGGAAAAUUCGAGUAUUAUUCAUUUCAAGAACGCCAAAUACGAUCCUAGAGUGGUUCAACAUGAAGCCGAUGCAUUUGUCAAACAGCACCCCAUUAGUCGACAACAUAUUGAUUGGGGGAUUAAUUUAUUAAUUUGUUCAAAAUUGAACUUUUUACAUACUGAUCAUCAUAUUGGUACUAAAUUGGAAGGUGAGUAUAUGAAACAAUACGUUGAAGAACACUUUGGCGAAGAAGCAUUAACUUCACUUGAUGUGUUGGUGGCAUUGAAAAGUUGUGUUCAUUGGGGUAACAUUAAGGGAGUGUUGUACAAAUUAAAAGUGCCAAAUAUUGACAUACCACCAGAAUUGAAAGAAAACUUUGCCAGCUUUCCUGAACCAAAUGAGGAGUUGUGCUUGAGUGUAUAUGAUCGGUUCCCUAGCGGUACUUCCAAAUACGCACUCCUUUAUAAAUCAUUGGAUUUGCUUGCGUUAAACUUCAAAUACUCGCAAUUGAUCACGAUAGACCCCAAGGAAUUCCAAUUUGAAUGGUUGUAUAACUUAUGUCAUGAUAUCGAAACUAAUCCAGUCAAGUAUCAUCUCCGGGCCAAAACUAAACAACUUUGUUCCAACCCAAUCAAUUUAUCCGAAUUAGCCAUGAGGCACAACAAUCAAAUGAAUAAACUUUUUGAUCUUGUAGGGUUAAUUGUCAAUAUUUUCCCCAACACUGGUGGUGAAUAUUUGCUUCAAAACUCCAAAAUCCCCAAAUUAGAUCAAAAACUAAUUGAUCGAUACGGCUCCACCCAUCAACGUUUUGUUGAACUUGCUAAACAGAUUGAAUCAUACGAAGCAAAGAAUUGGACUCAGGAUGACAUCAUUACUCGAUUGCAACAAGAUGAUCACAGUAAAGUCAACAAGAGCUUGCACUCAAUUGUAAUGCUAUUAAAAUAA